AUGCUCCGGUUAGAUGAUAUUCCGAACGCCUUGAAACCAUUUAUCAAUGAGACCGCCCUCAAGAGAGAAGAACAGAGGAGAAAUUCCACAGAGGUUUUUACAAUUUACAUUUUUACAUUUUUUACCACUUUCAGGAUCUUCUUCUCAUCGAAAACUGAAAUCUUUUUAGAAGAAUGUCAGUCAAAUAGAAUUUUACUUUUUUUUUGA